AUUCCAUUGAAAAUGUGUCAUACAGAGAGUGGGUAAAAGUCAGUUCAUUACGUGUGGCACCAUGGGCUCGGGUGUCUAUUAACCUGUGCUCUUCAGGAAGUUCGCUGUGGUUCAUUGGAAGUUGUAAACUUUGCUUAAGCCGUCAGAAACCAAAGGACUGCAAAUAAACGGAGAAAAGUAUUCGGCAAUUAGGAGAGGGCCCGCUAGGGGUGGGUGCAGGGUCCAGGCUAAAGGCUACCUUUGAACUAAACGGGAAUUGACUGAGGGUAUCGCGGGGGUGCUGAAUCAGGCCUAUUCAUGUUCAUUUUUUUUCUGUUCUGAGCAGGAGAACACAUUCUAAUACAUUUGCCUGGACAAAGGAAAAGGAAAAAAAAAACGUUUUUCAAUCUUUUACUAUUUAACAUCAUUGUUUCACAACAUUAAUAAAAAAUCUAUGAAAACAACAGAAGCAUUUUGCAAUGCACAGAUGUUUCGGAAAACUCAGUUCGAGGUAAAUCAGGUUCACAUGACGCAUACCUCCCCUCAGUGUGGAGCAGCAGGAAUUACGCGAACGAUGUUAAUGAUUAUGUCACGAAACAUCGUGCGACUGCUUAUUAUUAUUUUUGAAAGUGAUUACUUUAAUGCAGAAUAUAAUUAGAACGUCUGACGAUGCAAAGAGCAAUAACUAUACGUUCAGGUGUCAGUUUCCCCAAAACUGACGUCACUUCCCUUAGAAACCCGAAGCAUAGUAGUAAAAUAGUCGGAGCUCAACUUAAAUUGGGAAGUUUUCACGGGCGGCGUCCAGUAAUAUUUGCGUUCCCCGUGUAAAUAUUGAAUUUUAUAUACAAGAAAGAUUAGACAAGCCGCGGAAGAAAAUAAAUAAGUCCAUUACAAAACACUGAGCUUUUUUCCGAAGAUAAAGUGGAUAGUUAUUUUUGCGCUUUAGUUAAGGAUCAACCAAGGCUCUGCGCUCGACACGGCGGGCAGAUCAGACUCAGAAAUGACUGAGCGAGAUGGGACUCUGCUUGGGAUCUGAAAUGACAGAAGAGGGGAAGAGGGCGAAGAUCCACAGCGCUAAGAUAGACCGCGAGCUGUACGAGCACGCCAAGCGCGAACUCAAUGUGGUCAAGAUUCUGAUGCUGGGGGCAGCUGAGAGCGGGAAGAGCACGCUGGUCAAACAGAUGAAGAUCAUCCACAGCCACGGCUUCACCAACCAGGAGCUCACCAGCUUCAAGCCUGCAGUGCUGGAUAACCUGCUGACCUCCAUGAAGUUUGUCCUGCACGGGAUGGGCGUUCUGCGCAUAAACCUGGCCAAUGCCAAAAACAAAGUCCACGCCCACUCGGUGCUGUCCUGUGGCCGCUGCUUCGAUGAGGAUCAGGUGCUCUUCCCCUUCAUAGGCCACGCCCUCUGCUGCCUGUGGGCCGACCAGGGCGUGCAGUCCGCCACCACGCGCGGGUACGAGUACGAGCUCAACGACUCCGCCCUGUAUUUUUUUGAGAACAUGAGUCGGAUCAUCUCGCCCGAGUACAUACCCACCGAGACGGAUGUGCUGAGGGUGCGACUGCGGACGACCGGGGUCAUCGAGACGCAGUUUAAAGUCAACCACCUGGUCUUCAGGAUGUAUGACGUGGGCGGGCAGCGGACAGAGCGCAGGAAGUGGAUCAGCUGCUUUGAGGAUGUGCGGGCCGUGCUGUUUGUCGUGUCGCUCAGUGGCUAUGACAUGACUCUGGUGGAGGACCCGUCUAUGAACCGUCUGCAGGAAAGCUUAAAACUCUUCGCCUCUAUCUGCAAUAACGUUUUCUUCAGAAGUACCUCGAUGAUCUUAUUCAUGAAUAAGAUUGAUCUGUUCCAGGAGAAGAUCUUGCAUUCUGGACGGCAUUUGCGCCUGUACCUCCCCCAGUUCAGAGGUGCGGACUGUGACGUGGACGCCGCCGCCCGCUACAUCGCGGGAAUGUUCGUGGCGCGCAACAACAUGCCCAGCAAGCUGGUCUACCACCACUUCACCACGGCAACCGACACCUCCAACGUGCAGGUCGUCUUCCAGGUUGUCAUGGACACCAUCAUCAAGGAAAACCUGGAGGCAGUGUCUCUCCUCUGAGCUUGGUGCCACGGCGACCGAGUGCCCUGGCGACUGAGUGGUGCGGUGACUGAGUGCCGUGGUGACGGUUCAUUCCCAGGAUCACUAAUGGCACCUGGAGAACACUUAUGUAUGUUUUUCUUGUUUAUCUGUGUGUGUCUGCGUACGUGUGUGUGUGUGUGUUUGCUCUUUUUUUUUUGAAUUCAGCAUUAUUUAAAAUUUUUAAAUUUUUAAAAAUAUUUUCCGUCUUUUUUUUUUGGAUGAUCUUUAGCUCUUUGUGAUAAAAAUGUAUGUAUUUAUUAUGUAGUACAUAGCUGUAAUUGAAGCAUAACUUUUUUCUGUUGUUUUUUUUAAUCAGGUGAAAGCAUUUCAUUUAUGUCCUUUUGUUCUGUUAAAGAUCACCAAUCCUUGUAGACAGAGUUUCUUCUGGGGGGGGGGGGGUCAAGGCCCCUCCCCCUCCCACUGACACGUUUUCCUGGUUACUGGGCAGAGUUGCCAACUGAUGUGUUGCCAAGGCAAUGGCCUGGCCCCCUGUUGCGAGAUUUGGGGGGGGGGGGGGCACUUCUUAACAAGCCUUCACAGGACAGUGUUUUCAUUAGAGGAAUAGUGUGUGAUGAAGCUCCCAUUUGGGUUCCUCUGACACCCCCCCCACCUCCCUCACCGCCCCCGGCGCCUCCCGUGUACCCCGUCCCAAUUUAUUAUGCAUCAUUAAUGCCCCCACCAUCCUCCCCCAGCCACCUUUCCCCAAAGGCAUGUCGCCAUAGCCACUGGUGCGAGCAUCGGUACAC